AUGAAUGGCGAUGCUGGUCUCGUCGGGUGCCUGGUUGAUAGACUUGCUACCAGGCUGACAAAUGGUGGUUACGCGCGCCGACAGCUCCCGCACAGGACAGGAACACACGGUCAGGAACUUCAACAAGACGAUGUUGUCCUCAUUACAAGAGCCACGCUCGUUAAGAUUAGCACUACUGCUGCUGCUUUCGUCCUAGACGCUCUCAUCGCCCUCCUCGAAGACAUAGUCCGAAACUAUAAGGGCUUGCCCCCGCCUACUCACCCACCGCAUGUUCUGCUCUCUGAAAUUUAUGUCAUCACUUUGGCUGCUGAUUGUUGUACUGCCCAUUGGGAGCACAUCAAGUGCCAGAGCCUACGUCAAAAUUCUUCCGAAUCCGAGUCGCGUCGCAACCCUCUUAAACACGUUCCUGAGCCCUUAAAGGAAGCGCUCGUCAAUCGUAUCUUUGAUCUAUUUAAGUGGCUUAUUGAGCCUAUACCCGAAGGCUACGUUCUUCCUUCGUCCACCAUUCUGGAUGACACCCCGAGACCUGCCGACCCCAUAUCUGGCUCUACGGAUGGUUUCACCUCGUCCUUAUUUGGCGGUACCAAUGGGCCCCAAGAUGAGGUCUUUUCUGCUGCCCAUCUUACCGUUAUGGAGCCUUGCAUAAGAGUAGUUGUCGAAUAUGUGACCGCCUCUACCUGGUCUUACUCCUUCGACUACUUCAGAAAUGUUGUAUAUACUGUUCGUACUGCCGCCGUCGUACAGGCAGCACCUGGCCAAUCUGCCACCGCACCCGAGGACGACAAGGCAGCUCUAUCCGUUCUUAAAAUUUUAUCCUUCUUCUGGGUCGAUGCACAGAAGCUGGGUCUCAUCAUUCAAGAAAUAUGUUCCAGCUUCUUACAUUUUCGGAAAACUUUUCAGAACACAGUUGCUGUGGUAGCCCCGUUGCUCAUCACUCGAUGGCUCGAGAGGUAUCCUCAUGAAUUCGUGCAGCAACAUACGCUGCACAGACGUCUUGACGGCGGUGCUGACACGCUGUUUGACAUGACGCAGACCGUUGUAGACAACGGUCGAAAGAAGGGGGUACUCUACCCUUUACAAACUACCCUGUUGUUUCUCCUUCCAGACGUUUUCGAGGUCGCUAGCAACCUUCGCGAGGCCAAGAGUGGUAGCAUGGCCAAAAAGGUUGGCUUUCUAGACGGUUUAAGAAAGGCAUUAAGGAACAAGAACGAACAAGCUGCAUACUCUCUUGUAUCAUUGCUGAGGGCUGCACGUCAUUUUGACGCAGAGGACGAUGCCGCACUGGUUAGCUACGCCAUGGAUGUCCAAGAUGAAGUUAGGGAGGCAGUUUUUCGUCGCGGUGGCAAUGAUGCUUCCCUACUUGACCAGGAUCUGAUGACAGCGGCUUUUGUUAGCCUAGCACAACUGAGUCCGGACAGCUGCGUUGAUUCACUUCAGUCAUAUCUUAGCCCAUCUUCACCACAAGGCUUCAAGACCGCUGUCGUGCAGGGUUGUCGUUACUUCGCGCGGCAAAACGAUUCACACAUAUACGAGCAGUUGUUCACCGUUGCCGGUCCGUACAUGCGCACGCAACUUAAGGCUGUGGCGGAUUUGCCAACAGAAACCUCCGCUGUUGUUCUCUCCAUGCCACGUCGUGAUUCGAACCUUCACUCCUCCACAAAUAUGACUUGUGAUGUGCUCAAAUUCUUAGAUGCAUCGCCGCACUCGCUCUUUGGUGACAAUGGAUCAGGCGAGUCUGUGGCGCCCGCCACAGAGGAAGAUGUCUUCUUAUCGUUCUUGUCCUGCGUUGUGUCUGUAAACCCCACGGUCCGCAGACUUGCGACGGGCGUUGCAAAGCGGCUGUUUUUCGACAAAUCUAUCCUUGAGGUACUUCGCACUCGUAGCAAACUAACUUCCCCAGCUCUCAAGGGAGAAUUUUGGAGACGAAGUUCUCUUGUGCUACUGAAUAUGUGUAAUCAAGUUACGUCGGAUGGCGACGGCCCAGAAGUCAAAGCCAUCCACGAGUACCUUGAAGCGCGAAAAUUCGUGAUUGCGUCCCUUCGCGAACUCUCUGAAUUACCAGACGAUGUACCAGAGCUAGAGGCGGCUUCUUCUAGACUCGAGACAACUCUACUUGUAUCUCUAUGUUCCGCCGAUGUUGAGACCUGUCAAACCGUCACUUCAUGCAUCCGGAUCUUUUUUGAGGAGAAUAAUCUGGUGGACAUCACGUCAGAUGCCGCCAAGACUUUUGCUACGUUACUACGGAACGGUGAUGUAUACGGCGAAAUUGCAUCACGAGCUUUCCGCUUUACCGGCCUAGUCGCCUUCCAAAAGAGAGUACGCGGGCUGCUCCGGCAGCUACAGUACCCUACCAGCGGGAUUCUUUCAGCGUGGGAAUACGGUUUCGAGAGGUGGCUUCUACUCUCAAGAGAGGUUUCUAUGGCACCAAUCGAUGCGAUUGAUGAGAGAACUCUGACCGAAUGGCGGAAUUACUCUGGCUUCUUGGCGUCCCUUGGGGGGAUCUGUACGGCGAACCAAGCAAUUAUACUCGAAGAACCAGCCAUCAACGGCCUUAAAUGGAUCGAUAGGCUUCCAUCUGAAAACUACGAGGAGCCCUUACUAAGCAGGUAUCUGAAACUGAGCAUUCAACUCCUUGGGUGCGCAAGCGUCCGAAUCAGGGAGGCUACAAGAGAGGUUCUAUCCAGCGAGGUUUCGUCCACAUUAUACCAGUCCUUAUUUAAGGCGCUCGAGUCUGAGCUCGAAGUUCUUUUCACUGGCGCACUGGCACCGAGUGAUAAAGCACAGGAUGUUGAGAUCAUUUUUGCCGAGCAGGCUAUUUCCCUCUUAAAAGCGUUAGUUGAGCGUCUCGAGAGCCCCUCGGAUCUCGGCGCAGCCUCCUCCAUUCAUCUUGGCGCACUUGCUCUCAACUUUGCGAAAUUCCUCGACGGUGUAAACGAUAGCAACAACACUCUGCGAGUCAAGAUUAAAGUUUGUCAGUUGUGUGAGGCCGUAACCAAAAGGAAAGAGCACUUAAACCUGAGGGACGAUGUGCGUAUCAGGAAUCAGCUUCUUGAAUAUAUCUUCGGUUGGAUCGCUCGACCUCGAUCUCCUCGCCUAGAUUCAACCUCAAGCACGAAUGGCCGCCCCGAUGAAACGACAAGGGUGCAGAAGGAUCUUGACAGGGCAUGCCUCAAGUCCCUAGCUGAGCUCACAUUUCGUCUUCCACUCCAGCCAGGAGAGGGUCAAACUGAUGCCGGCAUGAGCGAGCUCAAGUCGCAAAUGUUCCACACUUACUUCAAUCGGUUUCUCUCCUUGCUCAACCAUGAAUCUCCCGAGAACGGCAGAAACGAGCAUCUAACGGGAAUGGCAAGUCGGGACGAGGGUACCCCAUCUUCUGAACUUGCGAUAACCAUUCUUUCAAAUCUGUUAAGCGCAAACAUAGAUGUCGGUUUAAAACACUCCCUGAACAUUGGUUACCACGACAAUGUUGAGAUCAGGACAGCCUUCGUCAAAGUUUUAUACAACAUACUCAUUCAAGGAACUGAGUUCAGCAACUUAACAGAUGCUGCUGUGAGCGAGAAGUAUGAUGAGUUACUAGAGCUCUUGACCAAGGAUAUGACACUCGUUGCCGCUAUGAGCGCCGUAUGUCCAAGCAGUGAGGUUGAUGAAUUGACCAUUUCUUUGCUUAACAUUUUUGAGCAUCGGGGCUUGAGCUUUGAUUUAUUAGAAACCCUCAUCAAGCAGGAAAUUGAGGAGACAGAUAACGAAUCUGAGCUUCUUCGGCGAACUUGCGUUGCGACAAAAAUGUUAUCUGUUUACGCCAAGUGGAAGGGCCAACCAUAUCUCAAGGCAACACUACAAAAGGUUGUGGAAAGGUUGAUGCUCACAUCCAAGGAUCUCGACCUCGAACUGGACCCAGCGAGAGUCAGCUCAACAGACGAGUUACAGAAGAAUGCCCUCCAGCUCCGUAUUGUGGCCAAGGUGUUUAUAGACGAUAUUUGUGCUUCUUCAUCCAGCAUGCCCACCUCGUUCCGUAAAAUUUGCAACAUUAUCUCUGCUGCUGUACUUCCAAGAUUUCAGGAAGCCAAGUACACAGCGGUGGGUGCAUUCGUUUUUCUUCGUUUCUUCUGCCCGGCCAUAGUCGCGCCGGAGGUUGAAGGUCUCGUCACAACAGCUCCCUCAAAGGAGAUGCGUAGAGGUCUCCUUCUAAUUGCCAAAGUCAUUCAAAAUCUCGCAAACAAUGUCUUGUUUGGGGCUAAAGAACCCUACAUGUUCCCUCUGAACGACUUCCUUACCCAAAAUAUAUAUCGGGUCACGACGUUCCUCCGUGAGAUAUCUGUGGCGCCAGAAAGUAUUGAUUGCCCGCCCAGCAUUGAGUCAUUCGACUUUGGCUCGUGCGUUGCCCUGCAUCGUUUUCUUUACGAUCACUGGGAUCAUAUGCGGCAGAGGCUUGUAACUCAGGAACGGAAAGAUUAUGUACGGUCUCCAGCGGAGGUCUCACGAGGCCGGUCGCCAGUCCUCGAGCCUCUUCGCAAUCUCAUCACCAACCUUGGGCCGCCGCCGUUGGCUGUAACUUGGAACAGACCGCAAAUAUCAACGAACACCCCGCCGUCAUACUCACGGUUCCAGAACUUCAUGCUUCGCAAUGCAUUUCGAAGUGCUGAAUCUUUUGUAACAGCCAGAGCUGUGUACGAUGGAGGCGAGAGCAAGGAUUCUCUUUCGAUCAUUUGCAUCAUCUUGCGGCACAUUGACGCCGAAAGCAUAGAUUACGAUACCUUGCUGUACUGUUACCUAAAGAUUGCAAGCCGUCUAUGGCACAAGCCCUUUGGUCUCCUUAUCGAUGCCACCUGCUACAAUGGCCAAAACGAACCACAAGAUGAGCUUUUCAAAAAGCUUGAACUGCUAACCCCUGUGGAGUUGUCUAAGAACCUAGUAAGAAUUUAUGUGUACAAUAUGAAUAGCGCAUUCAGGAAAUGCUUCCGGAGACUUCUCCGGCUGUCGGCUAAGAGCGAAACCAGCGUCUUCAACCCCAAGAAUGUCGACUACCACUUGAUUGGCAGUCUUCAGGAUCUACAAGCCCAUUUUCACCUCAGCCAACUUCAUCUGCCCAAAGAGACGAUCAGCGUAGUAACUGAUACCCGCUACGUUUUUCAACCAAUCACUAGACUUUCGAAGACUAAGGGCAAAAUCGAAGUGGUCAUCAAGGUCGGAAGUCAAUUUGUGCAAGUGACAACGACCAAGAAGCAGGAGGUCUUUCCCGGCUAUAGAUUAAGCACUACAGUCAAUGACAUCUUCCGCCUUGGAGAAGUGGAGGAGGCUCCAACUUCGAUUCAAACGGAGGAUGAUUCAGCCUUUGGCUUGCGCGCUGACAACGGCAAGAUCGUCAUGUAUUUCACAAGCCCCAAGAAGGCCGACGUAUUGCAGACGAUUCGUGGGGCCAAGGCUAAAUAUGGUAAGGAUACGAGAGCGCAUAAGGCCUACGAGCGACUUAUCCGACCGCAAGAUGUCCCGGGAACCCUACUCAACUUAGCCCUAACAAACUUAUCAAGCUCUGACCAUGUAUUGAGGCUGUCUUCUUACAACCUGCUCGGCGCCCUCUGCAAAGCAUUCAAGUUUAGUGCUGCAUCGAACUUGAUGUGUACCAAAGACUUGUCUGUGCCUAUGGACCCUUCGCAUUUCGUAAUCAGGAUCAGCAAACAACUCGCCAUGUCCGAGCCGCAACUAACGUUUGAUUUUUUGACUGAGUUCUUUGUCGGCUGGGAGACUUUCACCGAAGAGCAAAAACCUUUAAGUCUUGCAUACAUGGCCCCUUGGCUUCCUGGGCUGCGGACAGCCGUGCUCGUCAAUGAAGCAGAUGCGGAGAAAGGCAAAGAGAAGAUCGCAGUGCUUUUCCGAAAGCUUAUUGAUAUCGCCAUGACGGACCAUUCCUUGACCUUUAUUUUGGAACAGACUGUGUGGCCAGCCAUUUACCAGGACGAGCCAAUACUAGAUGUGUUUCUUGAAGAGGUCAUGCGCGCAGCGUUGAGCUUCGGCUUUUCCGAAGAACCGAUGGAAGCCCUAUCAUCCAUUGUCUCAGGUAUGGGCAGCAUUACGCUACGCGGCAAGGUGAUAUCUCGAUUACGCAAAGCUUUGAACCGAUCUUCCCUUCGACCAACUCGAUACCUUCCUGACAAUGCUGUUUGGGCGGAGAUCUGUGUUCUGCUGCAUUUCUGUCUGUCAUUGUCAUUUGACAACGGUGUACAGUCUCAGCUUUACCUACCAGAGAUCUUCCACGUUGUUACCAUCUUAGCGAACACAGGAUCCCCGGAGGUACGCUUAUUGGUUCACAGGCUCCUAAUAAAUACGGUACAUGCGGCCUGUACGUCUUUCAAUUUGGACGACACCCGAUUCAACAAGCUGAGGGGCAGCCUGGAUUUCCUCAGUGAACCGAAAAGUGAAGUAUUCUCUACUCCUCCUCCG